UUGAGUUUCCAAGCAUUUGUAGGGAAGGGGGAAAAAAGGAGGAGAAAAGAGAGAAGAAGGGUACUUAUAUAAAAGAAGCUUCUCUUCCCCCUAGGCCUGGGGCCCUGAAGUCCAGUACCUACCUUUCCCUCCCCUAUCCUCUACCCAUGAGGAGGCCCAGAUCCUCCUGGCUCUGACCUUGACUCCCAAGAGGACAGACAGACUGAGGGACAAUGCAGGCCCACGCAGUCCCAUCCCUGUUGCUGACCAUCUUCCUCCUAGUGGAGCUCCCAAAGGCUUGGAGCCGCCGGGUCUCCCGCCGCGACCUCCUGUCUCGAGAGUCCCCCCUGGACAUGUCUCCAGCCUCCUUCGACGACCAGUACGCAGGCUGUGCAGCAGCUAUGGAGGCCGUCCUCCCGGACCUCAACCGCACCGAGUUCAGUGCCAGCCCCGUCUACGCCGAAGCCUGGAAGUCAGCAGCCGCCCGCUGGCAGGAGCGCCGGGACUGGGAGCUGAAGGGCCCCCCUUCUUCUCGGCAACUGCCGCCGCCGGGCUUCAGGGACGAGCAUGCCGUGGCCCUCCUGGCCUACACGGCCAAUAGCCCCCUGCAUCGAGAGUUCAAUGCGGCGGUGAGGGAGGCGGGCAGGUCUCGGGCUUAUUACCUGCGAUAUUUUCCUUUUAAGACGCUUCACUUCCUGCUCACAGAGGCUCUGAGGCUGCUGCGCUCGGGCCAGAAGCCCAGGUGCUAUCAGGUCUUCCGGGGUGUGCAUGGGGUCCGCUUCCGACCGCUGGGGCCGGGGGCCACCGUUCGCCUGGGGGCCUUUGCCUCCGCUUCCCUGAUGGAUGCCGCCGCCCACCAGUUCGGAGAGGACACCUUCUUUGGCAUCUGGACUUGCCACGGAGUGGCUAUAAAGGGCUAUUCCUUCUUCCCCGGAGAGGAGGAGGUCCUCAUUCCUCCCUAUGAGACUUUCCUUGUGGUCAAUGCCUCGGUGCCGGCCCGGGGUCCGGUCCGUAUCUACCUCAAAGCCCAGGACAAGGCCAGCACCUUUAACUGCGAGUAUAUCAAAGGUAAUACAGCCCUCACCCUCCCAGAGCUCCAAGACAGACAGGAAACACGGCCCGUGCCCUUAGGGAGCCCUUGGCUUGAGAGGGAGCGUCGACCAGACCAGGUGUAUGCAAUGCAUAUUGCUAAUUCUCUCCGUUGUGGGUCAGCUCUCCCGUGGUUAUCGGGGCUUCUGCCCAAAGCCGCAGGGCCCAGUCCUGGGGCCCCCAGGGCACCCUUAAGUCCCAGGUAUUUCCUCCAUGCAGAGGUAAUGGUGGGGCAGGAAUCCCGGUGAAAAAGAUCUAGUCAAUUAGAAGAAACUUUGAGUCAUCAAGGGGACAGCUGGGUGCUCAUUGGAUAGAGCUGGCGUCGGGAAAGUUCACAUGUGACGUCAGACACCUAUUAGCUGUGUGACCUUGCACAGUCAAUUAAUCUCUGAGCGCCUCAACCCACGGGAAAAGGAAAUAAACCAUUCUUGGAUCCUUGUCAAAAAAACAAACCCCAUGGACAGUAGGAGGCCCAGGUCGUGUCUGACAACAGCAUGAAUCAUCAGUGGGAAAUAUGAGCUAAUUAAUGCAGGCUCGGACUGAGCUAAAGAGGCACAGCUGUCCAAAAUGCAGGAACUGAAAGCCUCUGUCCUCUGCCCCAGUCGCUUCUAGAGGGCAGUCCUGUCAGAAAGACAUGCGCAAGUAGCACCGAGGUCUGCAAAGCACGUUACAAAUAAGCCCAUUUAAUCCUCAACAGCUCUGAGGGCGGUACCAUUAUCAUGUCCACUUUAUGGAUGAGAAAACCGAGGUUGGAGAGAUAUUAAGUGAAUUGCCAGGAUCCUAGAUGAAGGGAGGAAGGGAGGAAGGGUAAAG